AUGAAAAAAUCACUUCUGCUGGGAGAUUUCGCCAGAAAACAGCAAUUACAGGCUUCUCGCCCGAAAUAUUGGGCCAUCGUCUCGGUGAUUUUGAUCUGUUCUUCGUUUGCUCUCAAACACUGGUCGGUAGAAAUACCAACAUGGCACCAGCAUAGGACCCUCAAAUACACUGGUGAACAGAUAAGUUGGGAGCCUUGUGGAUUCAUCAAGGGGAACUUCGUGGAGUGCGGCAAUGUUUUUGUCCCCAUGGAUCAAUUCAACCAGAGCAACUCGGGAAAUAAAAUCUUCACCAUUCCACUCAUCCGCAUGCGCGGCACGAACGCAACCCAGAACCUCAUUCUCAAUCCAGGUGGCCCUGGAGCGAGUGGUUUCGAAUUCCUCAACCAGAAUGCAGAGCAGCUGAGGGCUAUAGUUGGCGAAGGGCUCCACCUAGUCUCGUUCGAUCCUCGCGGUGUUAAUAGCUCGACGCCGCUAGCCUCCUGCUAUCCCGAUGUCAAAUCUCGAAAGGAUUUAGCUCAUGUCAGAUCUCGCAAUGUCGAGAUUGACAGCCCUGAAGUCUAUGCAUGGACACAGAACUUUGUCAAGGCAUGCCACGAUACGAUGGGAGAACACGCCAAGUAUUUAAACACUCCCCAGACAGCGGCUGAUAUGAAUGAUAUUCUGGAUGCACUUGGCCAGAGAGACAUGGUUUAUUGGGGUUUCAGUUACGGCAGCCUUCUGGGGCAGACCUACGCGGGACUGUUCCCCGAGCGUUCGAAACGUGUCAUCAUCGACGGUGUCGUGAACCAAUUCAAAUGGUACGACGGUACUUUUGAAAUAGAGUCCCAGGUUGACACGGACAAGGUACUUGAUGGGUUUUUUGAAGAGUGUACCAGAGCAGGCACAAAAAAAUGCCCACUAUCCUCGCUCGCAACAUCUGUGGAAUUGCGCGAUACGGUCCUUUCUUAUAUGAAUAGGCUCCGAGAACAGCCAAUUGGUGUGUACGUGAACAAUACAGCACAUGGUGUACUAGGGUAUGAAGAGCUCUGGUAUGAUGGUGUUUUACCAGCCCUUUACUAUCCCUCCACGUGGGGUACACUUGCCAACAACUUGUACAGUCUCAUUCAAGGAAAUGCGACAAAUGCUUUUCUUGCAUAUGGGCGUGAAGAUUCUUGGGAUAUGGGCCAUGAGGCAAGCGAGUUUAUCAGAUUGAACGAUGGCCUGAGUGGUCCCAAAAAUUGGCCCCAAGACAGGCAACCGCUACUUGAUUAUAUCUUGACUUCGUUCAAUCAGAGUAUGUUCGGCGCUAGACACAGCAAAAUAUUCUUCAUGAGACAGCAGUGGACUAUGCCGAGGACACACUCUUACGUACCACGCAAGGGAGUUACAACGGCGCAUCCGCUGCUGAUUCUAUCAACUACUUGGGAUCCUGUAACUCCUCUUACAUCUGCCCGCUCGGCGAAGGAGGCAUUUCAAGAUUCACAAAUCGUCGAAGUCAAAGCUUAUGGCCAUUGCUCUAUCGCGGUGGAUUCCUCAUGUGCUGCAAAUAUUAUACGCGAUUUCCUGUACGAAGGCAAAUUGCCUCAUGCAUAUACGGAAUGUGAAGUGGACUCCCCUUACUUCAAGGAGAGCGAUUAA